UUUUUUUUUUUUUUUUCUCCCUCUGCCCAUAGAUGUCGGUUUAGUUGGAUGCCCAAGUUUUGAAUCGAUUGUUUGCAGGAAGGCAAAAGAAGCUUUUUAAAAACUACGCCAGGCGGCGGACCUGAGUACCUAUUUUCUAAUACCCUAAUUGCGGGACACGGAUGCCCCUCCCCACGUAAGACCCUCAAAGGGGUAUCAGAGCGCGUAAAAAACUGCAGCCCGGCAGGAGGUUGGACCCCGGGCACCCCGACUUCGGCGGGCGUCACCUGGCACACCAGCGCCCGCAGGAUGCCCAGGUUCGUCCUCUGCACCACGCCUGCGUCGCGUGCAUAGAAGCCCAGAGCCCGGCGACUCAGCCUGCGGCACACAUUGGCCUUCCGGGUCCGGCCCAUGGAGACUAGGGGUCCGCAGGGCCCAGGAGGGGCGCGCCCCUCACUUCCGCGAGGGGUGGCAGCCGCCACCUGCGAACCUCAAAGGAAGGCUGACGCGGGACCCCGCGCUGGGGACUCGGGGCAGAGAUCAAGAGGUAGCGACACACGGAUUUGACGCAAAGGAACAGAAUCAACGGCGCCUUCCUGGCCCUUCUUUCUGCUCUCGGGAUUAACGCUGCACCUCGCGGCCCUCCGUAUCCACUCCCUCUCCCGGAAAUGUAGUCCCCUUGGCCUUUUCCGCCCCUAUGGCUUCUUUUUCAGAACUACAAUUCCCGUCAGGCAGAGCGAGGGCUGGCCUGGCCCCGCCCCACCCCUCCCUGCCCCUAGCCCGCCUCUCCUGGCCCUAAUAGGCUGCGCCGUAGGGCUGCGCAGUGGGUCGGGUAGCCUUCCGGGCUGCACGCGGUAAACCUGGAUAGCUUUGGUGGGUGCUGUGCAGCCACCUGGUGGUGUCGCUUCACCUGUGUGUCCCAGGAAGCAGUCCCUUUCUGCCCUGGUCGUGGGACGACUGCCAACCCCUCCUUUGGCCCUGCAAGGCUCUGGCCACGCGUCCAGAGGGGCGUUGUGGCCAGUGGGACCCUCCAAAGGUCCUGCUUAGGAUGAAUGUGAUUUGGAGAAGUUGCAUUUGCCGACUGAGGCAGGGGAAGGUACCACACCGAUGCCAGAGUGGCGUCCACCCGGUAGCCCCUCUGGGGUCGAGGAUUUUAACUGACCCCGCCAAAGUUUUUGAACACAACAUGUGGGAUCACAUGCAGUGGUCUAAAGAAGAAGAAGACGCAGCUAGAAAAAAGGUAGAGGAAAACUCAGCCACACGAGUCGCUCCAGAAGAGCAAGUUAAGUUUGAAAGUGACGCUAACAAAUACUGGGAUAUAUUUUACCAGACCCAUAAGAAUAAGUUUUUCAAGAAUCGUAAUUGGCUGUUGAGGGAAUUUCCUGAAAUCCUUCCUGUUAAUCAAAACACUAAAGAGAAAGUGGGAGAAUCAUCCUGGGAUCAAGUCGGAAGCAGCAUCUCUAGGACACAAGGAACAGAAACCCAUUGUCAAGAGAGUUUUGUCUCGCCAGAACCUGGGAGCAGAGGACGGUCUGCUCCUGACCCCGACUUGGAAGAAUACAGCAAAGGACCUGGGAAGACAGAGCCGUUUCCUGGUAGCAAUGCCACUUUUCGAAUACUAGAGGUUGGCUGUGGUGCUGGAAAUAGCGUGUUUCCAAUCCUGAACACCUUGCAAAGGCAGAAGGGGAAAGAGCGAGAGAUUGCCACCCCCCACCACCACCACCAAGCAGUGCCUUGCUUAGCGUCAGACAUGGCGUGCUCCUCCUGAAGACCAGAUGGCACCUCACAGAGAGAUGAGUUUGAAGAACAUACCUCACUCCUCGUCUAUGGUAUCAACGUGCUGGGGCAACCCCAGGCACAGUCGCCUUGCAUGUCAUAUCAUUGUGCCCAGACUAGGAGCACUGACCUCAAGCUUCAGGGACAUAGAAAUAGAUGAGGCUAACACAGACAUCCUUCUUACUCACCCUUCAGGUCCAGCAGUCUCACCUGACUGGUUUAGUGUUUCUGUGAUGAGGCAGUGCCUUACAAAACUCUACACCAUUCACCACCUCUGAUCUCUCUAGUGCCUGCCUUUCUUUCUUUCUUCCUCCCUCCCUCCCUCCCUCCCUCCCUCCCUCCCUCCCUCCUUUCCUUCCUUCCUUCCUUCCUUCCUUCCUUCCUUCCUUCCUUCCUUCCUUCCAGUUUACACAAGAACUUUCAUGACAUUUCCCCCACUAAAAUCAACAUAAGCGUAUUUCAGAGAACUUCUGUCAGGGGAGGGAAGGGGUUCUCCCGUCAUCUGGCAUAGCUACUGUACAAUUCCCAUUCUGCAUGCAUAUCUUUUAACUUAACAGUUUGAUCUUUUAAACUUUCCAUUGCAAAAAUGGAAAAGCAUUUUGAAAAGCAAAAUGGCACGGUGAAUGUUCAUAACCCACCACCGUGAUCAACAGUCAUUAGCACAGUGCCGGACAUCAUGCCAGAUUCAAGGUAUUCUCUGAUCCUUCCUACACCUAAUGGAGAGACAAUGCCUCCCUAAUGUUAUCUACUGGGCAUUACUGUGGCCAGCCAUGGGAGGUGCUGUCAAAUGUGAAUAGUCUUAUUACUCUUUGUGUAUUUAUUAUCUUGACUCCUUUUUCCAUCUCCUAAGAUGUUUUCUAUUCUCCUAUAUCACAUGAUCAGACCCUUUAUCCUAGUAAUACUGGAGUCUCUCUCUCUCUCUCUCUCUCUCACACACACACACACACACACACACACACACACACACACACACAUUGGUUGAAUGGUUGGUUGUGUUACUCUAUGAGACUGAUCUCAAGGUAUUACUAAACUUAUUGUUUUUAAAUUUCUUAAUUCUCUAUUUUAUAUAUUCCAGGUAACCUAACAGUAUGAUAUAGCAAGAGCUUAAUAAAUUUUGAUUAUUAAUCUCCAAUUCCAUACUAGUUAGUUGUACUUUGACCUCUGCUCCACCCCUUCCUCUUCCCCUCCUCCUCUUUUUCCCUUUUCUCCUACUCAUCCUUUUCAUCACACAAGGUCUUGCUCUAUACAUCAGGCUGGCCUCAACAAGAUUCUCCUGUCCUCAUCUCCCCUUGCUGGGAUCACAGGUGUGCCUAAUAACGUGGGGAAAUUAAUUCUUCUUUAAAAGCCAAACAGCGAUCAGCCUUCCAAAGGGAGAACUGGGCUUCCCCACCCCCAGGUUAAUAGGUUUUCAGAAUGUUUUGCCAUAUUUAGACCAUUGGAAUUGAGAAGUCAGAUCGUUCUCCAAGGGUCAUUUCAUUCCUAAGCCUCCACCAAGACAGUUCUGCUGGUGUGGUGAGGAAGUGACUUGGACACCCUGUCACUGGGAGACGAGCCAAGGCAAUCAGCUGACUUUACAGAAAGACUCAGGAAAGUCACUAGGCGGUCACAAGGCCUCAGCUUGGGGUGCUGAUGCAGUCAGACUUCCAUCUCAGAGGUCAGACCGCCACCUUGAUAGGACACAUGGCACAUGCUUUCCUUUAGCCGUUAGACUAUUCUGGAUCUGGUACAUAUUCUUCUGUAACUACUCAAAAGUAGGUGGCAGCCCUUUCAUAUGUGUUAGAUGGACCAGAGUGCAGAGACAUCUGAAUUGUGUAGACAAUUUUUAGAGGACCAUCCUAGUUUUAAGUUCCUGAGAGGCGAUGCAAGUUUUCAAUAAUAAUAGUAAUAAUACUAAUAAUGAUAAUAAUAAUAGCAGUAACAAUGGCUGUAAUAAUAGCUGAGUGUUCAGUGCUUAUUCUUGUAAGCCACGAAUCUUUCUACAAACCUCGCCAUCUGGAUCCAUUUAGCCCUCACAACUACCUUAAAACAUCACACUCAUCUCUAUUUACAGAGGAGGAGACAGAGUUACCGGCUAAGACACCACCCUCCAGACACUCGGUAACGGUGGAGCCAAGUGUUAGGAUUGGGCCGUCUGGCUCUGGAGGCCUUCCAUCCCUAAUCACAGAUCACACAUAUGAAUCUGAGUGCUGACUAAGCACAUCUCAUAAGCACACAGCUCUCAGUAGACCACAGGUCACAGUUACACGGAUUUCAUGGAAGAUUACCAAGUAUCUGCUAGAAUGAAGAACUAAGACACUAAUAUUUUUCCCUCCCUCCCCACCUCCCUUCCUUUUUUUGAGACAGAGGCUCACUCUGUAGCCCAGACUGACCUUGAAUGUUGAAUCUUCUUGCCUCUGCCUCCCAAGUAGAGUCAGGAGCCACUGUGCCUAGCAAAGUAACAUUUUCAGACGAGAUAAAUGAACAACAAAGCAAACCAAGCACUUCGAUUUAGCACUAGUUGACUUCAUUACCAAGUCCUAUUUAUUAUACUAAUACUUGUUAGGACAGAUCGUAAGUUGACUGCAAAUCCUAGUGCCACAGACAAGGUUAAUUACAUGUGAGUAUUUAUCAACAGGAAGCCUCUAAGAGUGUAAUCGAAGUCCAUAUUUUUGCUUGUAUUCUUUUAUUUAGUUAGAAGUCCACCUUCCCUGAAGUGCCUCUUGAAUCAAAUUAAGAGGCUUAGUUUGUGCUUCAGACCUCUCUUCACAUCCUGCCAGGUGCCAAGUUCGGACUCUUUAGAUCAAUGUGAUUAUUGUUCCUGGCACUUGAUUCCCACCCUUAACCUUAUGCCACGCUGGCUGUCAAUUACCAAUGCUAACCUGUUCCUGCAAAACUUGCAGGCAGACACUUUGGGAUGUUGACCCUCUCACCCCUUUACAAAUUGUAAGAAACCAGCCAUGUCCCAAAUUAUAAAAUCCACACGAGCCAGGCCUUAUGUACACCUGUAGUCCUGGGUAAUGACAUCCACCUGUCCUUAGCAAUUCAGACAUUUUUCUAAGCAGCAUGAUACAAAGAUUAUUUGAUGCCAGCAUACAGAACAUGAUCACCAAGGGCACUGGCCCACAGAAUUGGUAGUAUCUGCCUGCCUAUGAUCAAUGCAGAGUCCAGCCAUCAUUCCUGAAUUUCAAAUAAAGGCCAAAUAGAAUACGUUUAAGUUGGGAGGCAAGAUUUUUAAACAGAUAAAUGUUCUUCUGUAAAAUAAGUAAGUAAAUAAAUAAAUAAAAGAAUUUUUACUUACAUACUGUAAAUAAAGAAACUGAUUUUCAAAGAUGUUAAAUUCACAAA